CGCGCGGCGCAGCAUCACUGUCGAGCUCGAGCGCAGUCUCAACUAUCGUCCCAUUCCCCAAAUUUCACCGUUUUUUCUCGCGUUUCUCUUUCCUUCCCGCUCUCUCCUGACUGUUUUUGUUGUUGUUUCAAAGAUGGCUUGUCAGGGGCUGCAGGGCGGAGAGUCUGUGGCGACACUUCAGAGGGAGAGCGACAGUCUGAAGAAGAAGCUGGAGGAGGAGCGGAAGAAGCUCAGCGACAUAGAGUUGAACCAGGUUGCUGAGAAGAUCGAGGCUGUGGGCGCUCUCUCCAUAAAGACCAGACGUGUGCUGAAGGGUCAUGGGAACAAAGUGCUGUGUAUGGAUUGGUGUAAAGACAAACGUCGUCUUGUCAGCUCUUCACAGGAUGGCAAAGUUAUUGUCUGGGAUGCAUUCACACUUAAUAAGGAACAUGGGGUAUCCCUGCCGUGUACAUGGGUUAUGGCGUGUGCAUAUGCUCCCUCAGGUUGUGCUGUGGCAUGUGGUGGACUGGAUAACAAGUGCUCAGUGAUCCCGCUGUCUUUGGACAAAAGCGAGAACUUGGCUGCAAAGAAGAAGUCCGUUGCCAUGCACACCAACUAUGUAUCAGGAUGCACCUUCACUAUGUCUGACAUGCAGAUCCUGACCUCCAGCGGAGAUGGGACAUGUGCCUUGUGGGAUGUGGAGAGUGGGCAGUUGCUGCAGAGUUUCCAUGGUCACACAGCUGAUGUCUUGUCUCUGGACCUCGCCCCAUCUGAGACUGGAAACACUUUUGUCUCUGGGGGCUGUGAUAAGAAGGCUAUUGUGUGGGACAUGCGCUCUGGACAGAACAUUCAGGCCUUUGAGAGCCACGAUUCUGACAUCAACUGUGUAAAGUACUACCCCAGUGGAGAUGCAUUUGCUUCUGCUUCAGACGAUGCCACAUGCCGUUUCUAUGAUCUGCGAGCUGACCGUGAGGUAGCUGUCUACCAGAAGGACAGCAUCAUAUUUGGUGCUUCCACUUGUGACUUCUCUCUGAGCGGUCGCCUGCUUUUCACUGGUUAUAAUGAUUACACCAUCAAUGUAUGGGACGUAUUGAAGGGAACUCGUAUCUCUGCCCUGUUUGGCCAUGAGAACCGCAUCAGCAGAGUGAGAUUGUCACCUGACGGCACAGCACUCUGCUCGGCCUCCUGGGACAACACCCUACGGAUUUGGUCCUAGAGUUGAUAUCACAGUUGUGAUCCAGUGACGACAGCACCAGCAUUACGAAACCAACACUACUGCCGGAGUGUGUUCAUGCAAACCUUCACGUGACAAACACACAGAUGCACAAAAACCGACAUUAUCUCCUCUGAGUCAGAAUAUAUCAUUGUAUCAUAACCAUAGAGUGGGUAUCACUGAAGAGACAGUCAAGUUUAAAUUCCUAAUCUUUGUUAUUGGUAGCUUGAUGACUGACUAUCAUUACGUAAUUGUUAUUGCUAACUUAGUGGGAAAUAUUUGUGAGAGUAAAGAGCCACAUGUAUUCACUCUGCCAUGUCGACCUACAGCCUAUUUCAAUGAUAGCCUUGUAAAUGAUGUACAUUGUUAUCUUUCCUAUGAGAAACAAAGCUGUCCAGAAUCAUGCUAUUCACACAGUAAUUAUUGUUUUUACUGUGGCACAAUGCCAUAGAUAUUGUCAUAAUUAUCCAAAGGAAGACCAUUUUAAUGUAGCCACAGAUUUUUAUUAUUUCAGUACC